AUGACAGCAAGUGAAGAAAGUACAUUAGUAGACGAAUAUCCAAUAAAAUCCAUACUAAACCAAAUAUCGCCUUGGUUCAUUGUUGAUGAGACAAAGUAUGGUGGCAGAGGCUGCUUUGCAACAAAAUUUAUUCCACAACACACUGUUAUUCACCAAUGUCAAUCGCCUAUUGGGUCUACUAUUUGCAAGCCAUUUAAAAAAGAAGUUUGUUCUCAAUGUUAUACUUAUAACUAUGGUGCAGUUAUGAAGUUUAAAAUCUCGAAAACUGAAGGAAAGCAUGUUUAUUCCCUAUUCUUUUGCAGUGAACAAUGUAAAUCAACAUUCAUACACCAAGAUAUAAAUCAUGUUUUGACUGAAAACUUAUUAGCAGUGGAGAAAAACUAUUUAGCAGGAUUAUCUAAGCCAGAAAUAGAACCUUUGGAACCGGAAAAUUUUGCAGAUGAUUAUGUCAAAGAGUGGGAUAAUGUUGCCCUAUGGGAAACAAAACUUGAAUCACUAAAGCCAUCUAAAAGACAAAAUCAAAUAUUCCAAAUCGAUGAUAAUGAGUAUCUUGAAAUCAAAUAUGUCAUUGGCGUGCUAUUUAACAUGUAUAAAGUUCACUGUAACAAUCAUAUCUCCCAUUAUGAUUAUCCUAGUUUAGAUAAAGGUGAAGCCAACAAGGUUGAAUUGCUUCUAUUUGAUUUACUAUAUUCUUCAGAAUUUGAAAAAGUAAAAAGAUAUCCAUACUUAUUAUAUUCAUAUAUAAACAUUUAUAAGUUCAUAAAACUCACAUGCACACCAGAGUUGCAGACUUUUAUUGAUUCUACAACAAUACGAUCUAUAAUUGGGAAAAAUCUAUCCAAUGCAUUUGGGAUUUGGUCAGAGGUGACUAAUCCAUCUGAGGAUAAGGAAUUCUUGGGAUUUGGAGUAUAUCCUUCGGCAUCGUUCUUUAACCACUCAUGCAGUCCAAACAUUGUGAAAACACGAAAUAAUACUGAAAUGGUUUUCACAACAUCAAAAGAUAUCGAAGUUGGGGAAGAAUUGUGUAUAAAUUAUGGAAACUAUACUGAUGAGCCUGUUGAAUUGAGACAACAACAAUUGAAAGAAUGGUUCUUUGAUUGUGCAUGUACCAAAUGUCAAACUGAAUUGAAAAUAUAA